AUGGAAUUUUUAAAAAGAGCUCGAGCAAUCCCAGUCCCAACUGCAGAUUGUAUCUUAUUAAUGGGAGACAAGCCAUGUACCAUUUUCACAAGUUUUAGCCCAAUCAGUAAAAAGAAGUUGUUAUCGGCCCUCCAGUUUAAAAACGGUGUCAAGCGUAGGGAGCAGUCAUAUGUGGUAGUUCCUAUUGUCAAAGAAGGGGGAAAAGCACCCCCAUUCCCUUCGCAGAUUCAAGAUGUGAUGGCUAAGUUUCAAGAUGUAAUGCCCGAGCAGUUACAUGCGGUCUUGCCGCCCCGACGUGGUAUAGAUCAUGAGAUCGAGCUAUUGCCAGGAACCAAACUUCCUGCAAGAGCCCCUUAUAGAAUGGCCCCACCAGAAUUGGCAGAAUUAAGGAAGCAGUUGGAUGAGUUAUUGGAAGCAGGAUUUAUUCGACCAGCGAAAGCUCCAUUUGGUGCUCCAGUCCUUUUUCAAAAGAAGCAAGAUGGUAGCUUGAGACUUUGUGUGGAUUAUCAGGCUCUUAAUAAAGUCAAAAUACGAAACAAGCAUCCCAUUCCCUUGAUUGCAGACUUCUUCGACCAGUUGGGGCAAGCUAAAUUUUUCACCAAGUUAGAUCUUCGAUCGGGAUAUCAUCAAGUUCGUAUCAAAGAAGGAGAUGAGCCGAAAACUACUUGUGUAACAUGGAAAUUGAACUUAGCAACCUUAUCAAGAAGCCAGGUAGACACGUCAUUGCGAAGACAAAUUCGAGAUAGCUUAAAGAAGGAUUCCCAAGCAGUAGCAUUGAUGAAAUUGGUAGAAGAGGGGAAGACCGAACAAUUUUGGUUAGACGAUGAUCUCUUGAUGACCCGAAGAAAUCAAGUGUAUGUCUCAAAGGUUGGAAAUUUGAGGAAACUUUUACUACAGGAAUAUCAUGAUACCUUGUGGGCUGGACAUCCAGGGUGGCAGCGCACAUUGGCUCUGUUGAAGCAGGGAUAUUACUGGCCUUAA